AUUCCUGGUGAACGGGUUGAACCACAUAUUUGGCCCCUCCGUGACUUUGGCCUGAAAUAUGUGGCAUUCUGGACUAAAAGCGGAAUUGUGGAAUUGAUUUUUGCACUCAAAUCUUUCUAUCAUUUUUUGUUCUCUCCAUAUUUGGAAAUGUUUAGCUACUCCGCCUGAGAAGUAAGGGGAGAGGAGAGGAGAGGGGAUGUUUGGCUACUGGUGGAUGAUGUCUGUAGGGGAGAGGAGAGGGGAUAUGAGUCAUUUGAGCAGCAUAAACUGAGAGAGAGAGAUUCUUCGCCAAGUUAACUGCCAUUGACUGAAUGAACUGAGGCUUGCUGGCUAUAUUCUAAAGAGAAUAAAAUCAGGAUUCUGUGUCUGACCCUGUGAUUGGCCCCUCUGUGAUCCUGUAGUUACUGUGACUGUCUGGCUUCUCUCCUCUCUCUCUGCAUUGAAGAAUCUGAACCAUGUGGACCAGUGAAGGCGAGGUUCAGGUGACAGCCCGGAUGGAGACCACACCUGCCAUGGGCAUCCCUAGUAUCUCUGUUUCCCAACAACAAGCCCCUAAGAAGUUUGCCCCUGUGGUUGCCCCCAAACCUAAGUUCAACCCGUACAAGGACCCCACUGACCUUGCAGGAGGGGACUACCCACUACCACCUCCUCCCACUGAUGAUGGAGGCCUCUCAUCCUCCAUCUCUUUCCUACCACCUCCACCCAUGGACAGAGAUUAUCAGAUGCAUGGACCAGAGAAGACCCUGGAAGAGAGGAGGUCCAGUCUGGACGCUGAGAUUGACUCUCUGACCUCUAUUUUAGCUGACCUGGAGAGUAACUCACCUUACAAGUCCCACCAUGCACAGAACUCUGGAACUCUGAACAGUCCCAACGCUCCGGUGACAGGGUACAAGCGUAUGGUCAUCCCCACUCAGCCUCCUCUGACGGCCACCAAGAAGUCCUCUCCCAAGGCCGGGGCCCCAGGCGGAACACUGCCCCGGCCCCAAGCGGAGAACUCCUCAGCCUCCAUGCUGGCCAGGCCCCAGUUCCAGACGGCCCCCCAGCCAGUCCCAGCCUCUUACGCCACAGCCUCCACCCCCAGCCAGCCCACCUUCAACGUACAGGUGAGGUCUGCUCAACCCGGGCCCCAGCACCAGUCGCCUGGGCCCCCCCAGCAGUUUGCCCAGCAGCCCAACAGGAGCCCGGUCCAGUACAUGGCUGCCCAGCCCAGGGGCCCUGACUUCGCCUAUGGGCCUCCCCAGCCAGGCUUCGCUCCUCAAGGGUACCCAGAGCAGGCCUACCCGGGAGCAGGAGGGUACGGAGGAGAACCAGGAGGGUACGGGGGAGAACCAGGAGGGUACGGGGGAGAACCAGGAAAUGCCUGGAAACCCCAGCCUAGCUAUACUGCUGCCCCUACCCAGCAGGGCUACCCACAACCUGUCCCUAAGAAGACCUACAUCACAGACCCUCCUGCCAGCCUGGGUCCUCCUGCACACCUCGCCCCGCAGAAGGCUCCCAGCAGUGCCAGACCUGAGGAAGAACUGGAGCGACUCACCAAGAAGAUGCUCUAUGACAUGGACAACCCUCCGGCUGAGGAGUACUUUGGGCGGUGUGCCAGCUGUGGGGAUAAUGUGGUGGGUGAGGGUACCGGCUGUACUGCCAUGGACCAAGUCUUCCACGUGGACUGCUUCAUCUGCAUGACCUGCAGUGGCAGGCUGCGCGGUAAACCCUUCUACGCCGUGGAGAAGAAGGCCUACUGCGAGCCCUGCUACAUCAACACCCUGGAGUCCUGUAACAUCUGCAGUAAGCCCAUCAUGGAGCGAAUCCUGCGGGCUACAGGGAAGGCUUACCACCCACACUGCUUCACCUGUGUGGUGUGCCACCGCAGCCUGGACGGUAUACCCUUCACUGUGGACGCUGCCAAUCACAUCCACUGCAUCGACGACUUCCACAAGAAGUUUGCCCCUCGUUGCUGUGUGUGUUCUGAGCCCAUCAUGCCAGCUCCAGGCCAGGAAGAGACUGUUCGUAUCGUCGCCUUGGAUCGGGACUUCCACGUGCAGUGUUACCGCUGUGAGGACUGUGGUUCUCUGCUGUCUGAGGGGGACAACCAGGGCUGUUACCCUCUGGACGGCCAUGUCCUCUGUAAGAGCUGUAACACCAGUCGUAUCCAGGCCCUCACCGCCAAGGUUACCACUGACCUCUGAGCCCCCAGCCCUGCUACUCCGCUUCCCUCUAACUGCUUCCCCGGUCCACCUCUACUGCCUGGCUGGCUGGCUGCCCUUCAGCCCAACACACACACACACGCACACACACACACACACACACACACACACACACACACACACACACACACACACACACACACACACACACACACACACACACACACACACACACACACACACACACACACACACACACACACACACACUAAGCAAGCUUCUCUCCUGCACACACAUCUAUGAAUAUUAUGACAUUUCUAAUGGGGAGAAACAAGGAUGUAACGUCUCUGAAGUGUUGACAGUCUCGGUACGAUCAUCAGCCUGUUGAUACCUUUAUUACUGUCAUUAUUAUUAAUGCCUCUACUUGCAUUUACUCUUCGACAAUGUAGUCACUUAGCAAACAUUCUCAUUUUCAGAGAGAUUCGCAGUACAGUACAGUAUAUAUCUUUCAUUUCUUUCUCAUCUUUAUGCAGUUGUUUCUCUUAGUUGAGUAGCAGUUUGUCUCCUGUCCUGUCAUGUCAUGGGUGCGGACCAAUUGGUAGCCUAUUCCCUAUAUAUAGUCUAGCACUUUGAUGCCAUGGUCUACAAUAGUGUACUGUAUAGGGAAUAGGUUGCCAUUUGUGAUGUCUCCACGGUCAUUGAUUCCAAUAUGCCAGAGCUGAUCUGGUCUCUUUGAUCUCUUGGUCUGUUUAACAUCCUGAUGGUACUUAAUUAAGCAAUAAGCCAUGAGUGGGGUGUGGUAUAUUGGCCAUAUACCACAAACCCCCCGAGGUGCCUUAUUGCUAUUAUAAACUGGUUACCAAUGUAAUUAGAGCAGUAAAAAUAAAUGUUUUGUCGUACAUGUGGUAUACGGUCUGAUAUACCAUGGCUGUCAGCCAAUCAGCAUUCAGGGCUGGAAACACCCAGUUUAUUUGAUUAUUAUUUAAACCUUUAUUUAACCAGGAAGGGCUCAUUGAGAUUUAAAAUCUCUUUUUUUCAAGAGCGUCCUGGCCAAGAUAGGCAGCGCCAAGUCAUUACAAAAAAUGACAGACAAACAACAUGAUAAACUACUAGUAAUCUAGUUAAAACCAAUAGAAUUCACAAGAGUAUAACAUAAUCAAAAACAGCUAAUUAAAAACAUUGACAGGUCAGGGAAUCAGCCUCAAAAUCCUCCAUCAGUGAUUUAAAAACACCAAUUGGGACCAAGUUCUUCCAGUUUAAAGUAUUUUGUAAGGCGUUUCCAGGCGAUGGUGCAGAGUA